ACCAAUACAUGACUAACAAAAUAGAGAGGAAUGAAAGUGAUUGAACAUCCACUUUUUUGGUUCAUUCAUUGAUUUGCUUAGCGGGCAUAUUAUAAAGUCUUCCUUCUCACUACUUAUUUUAAUAAAACCAUCAAUCUUAAAACCUCCCACUUUUAGCCAUAACUUUGUUAAAAAAAAAAAAUCACCCCCUAAAUUUAUCUUUCAAAAUAAUUUUUCAAAUCAAAUACAGUCUACAUCAUUAAUACGUACUAUAUUUAAUAUACAAAUUUAUCACAACAAUGGCUCGAAAAUCUCAUCUUCUCAUAUUUUGUUUUACCAUUUUAUUUUCUUCAAUUUUCCCAAUUUGUCACUCAAGCUAUUUUUUAAAGGAACAUGAAAUUAGGAGUCAAAAUAAAUAUUAUUCUCCUAGUAAUGAUAUUGAAGAAAGUUAUAAUGAUGAUCUUGAUCCACAAGAAUUAGCCAACUAUGAUAAGGUGAUCAUAGAACGCAUUAAGAAUUCACAUCAAGCUCAAUCAAAAGCCCUUAUCUCUUCACUUUCAUCUUCAAAGAUUGUCAAUGUUGAACAUUUUGUAAGAUCAAGAAAAAUAAAAGAUGAUACUAAGGCCUUUAAUGAAGCUUGGAAGGAGGUUUGUUCAAUGAAAAAUGGUGGAGUUUUCCUCGUGCCUAGAAACAAGAGGUAUAUUGUGAAGCCAAUCAAUUUCACUGGGCCAUGUCAUUCUCGUCUUAUCACAAUAAAGAUCGAAGGAACAAUUGAAGCGUCGUCAAACAUGUCAGAUUAUUACGAUCGAUAUCAUUGGCUAUUAUUCCAAAAUCUACGGAACUUUAAGGUUGAAGGUAAAGGCACAAUUGACGGAAGAGGUCAAAUAUGGUGGCAAAAUUCUUGUAAAGUCAACAAAACUAAGCCUUGUCUACACGCGCCUACGGCUCUAAUCUUUUUGGAAUGCAAGAACUUUAUAGUGGAUGGAAUACAUAUAAGAAAUCCACAACAAAUGCACAUAAGUUUUCAGUAUUCUUCUGAUGUAAGAGCUUCUAAUUUGUUCUUAAAAGCACCAGGAAAUAGCCCUAAUACAGAUGGAUUUAAUAUUAAUGCCACAAGAAACAUUCAUGUAACUAAAUCCUCUGUUAGUACAGGUGAUGAUUGUGUAUCAAUAGUAAACGAAUCAAAAGAUGUACAUGUAUCAGACUUGAUAUGUGGACCAGGCCAUGGAAUAAGUAUUGGAAGCUUAGGCAAAAACCAUUCUAAGCCGGACCAUGUCUCAAAUGUACUAAUAAACCAUGCCAAAAUUUCUGGAACCACUAAUGGAGCGAGGAUAAAGACAUGGCAGGGAGGACGAGGAUACGCAAAAAAAAUUGUAUUUCAAAAUAUCGAAUUGCAUAAUGUUAGCAAUCCAAUAAUCAUCGAUCAAUAUUAUUGUGAUCAGAAAACACCUUGUCCUGAGCAGAAAGAAGCAGUUCGUGUAAGCAACAUAGUAUACAAAAAUAUAAGAGGAACAAGUUUUACAGAACCAGCCAUAAAUUUUAAUUGUAGCGAAACUCAUCAUUGCCGAUCAAUUUUGAUGCAAAAUAUAAACAUUCUCAAGGAAGAAGUAAAGGAACCAGCAACAGCUGAUUGCGAAAAUAUUGAAAUAUUCUAUAGAAGCAUGGUUUCUCCAAAAUGCUUUCAAGCAUCUUAAAUACUCCUUACGUUCCGUUCUUUCCCAUAUAAAAUGUGGCUUUUUUAAAUUGAGAAAAAUUAAGAAAAUAUUAUUUGUGUAAUCUUUUGCUCAAAAAAUAUACACAUGAAAAUUUAGUUUAUAUUUACUUUGUUCACAAAUUAUCAUUAUUUUAAGGAUGUAAAAUACUUCUGAGUUGGACAAUAAUAAAAUUUGCAUCACUAACAUUGUUACAUUUGAUUUUAAAGCUCUGAUCAAAAGGUCAGUUGUAGUAAAUUUAGUGGGAUAGAAAAGUACAAUAAGACGUAUAUAAUUAUACACAAAUAUAUGUAAGUGUAUUGUAAGUAUUUAUUGAAAUAAUGAAAUUCAGGGGUUUGAUUUUAUUUAA